GUUCGUUCGGGCGAAUCCCCGAUGUUCAAUCAGGGGCUACAUCCCAUCCCAACAUAUGAAUAUGACCUCGAUCCUCCAGGCCACCAGAUAAACGUGAACAGCUCAUCUGACCCUUCCAAUCGGAUUUAACUCGCCGUGCCAAUGGCAACUCUCCAUUCAUAAGUACCGUGAUGCACGCAUAACUUCAGGCCGGGAUGACGUGCCUGGCAAUCAUGGCGAUUACUGAGCUGACCAGUCUCCUGCUACCUUGCUUGGUAAUGGCUAAUCCUCAUUCCACAAUGCUCGGAGAUAGUAUAUGAUGCUAGCAUAAGGUACGAGAAGACUGGGCUGCUCUUGUACAUCAAUCUCGACCGUCGAAUACGCAAAAUGGCCGACACCGAACAUCAGCCACUGCUCGAAGCCGCGUCACGACAAUAUGACUCGCUCCAUGAUCCCUAUCUUAACUUUCCACCGGAUGAAUUGGGUCUCAGCGUCCAGAGCACACUGCCCGGAUCGGCACCUGAAGGGAAGACCCUCACCUGGUCCAGUGCCUAUAUCCUUGUUGUGUCGCGGGUUAUCGGUAGCGGCGUGUUUGCAACGCCCGGGUCAAUCGUGAAAUCAGUCGGGAGCGUCGGAUUGACGCUGUUGGUAUGGCUGGUCGGCACCAUUCUGGCAGCCUGCGGACUCGCCGUGUCGAUGGAAUACGGUUGCAUGUUGCCCCGUUCGGGCGGAGAAAAGGUCUAUCUCGAAUAUACCUACCGUCGUCCCCGAUUUCUCGCCUCAACCCUCGUUGCCGUGCAGGCCGUGGUACUGGGUUUUACGGCGAGCAACUGCAUCAUCUUCGCGAAAUACACUUUAUUCGCCUUUGAUAUCGAACCGACCGAGGCGCAACACAAAGCUCUGGCCGUGGGACUGUUGACCGCCAUCACCAUCGUGCACGGGUGCUUUCUCAAGACGGGCAUAUGGAUCCAGAAUGUGCUUGGUUGGGUGAAGAUCUUCCUGAUUGCGGCCAUGUCUUUGACCGGGUUAUGGGUGAUUCUAUUCAGGCCAUCCGGAGACUCGAUCGGAGCGUCGCGAACAGGAACUGAUCAUCCUUUCGCGUGGGACACGGUAUGGGAGGGCUCAAAUUGGAGCUGGAGUCUGCUUUCCACCUCCCUCUUCAAGGUGCUCUACUCGUAUGCGGGUUUGAAUAACGUCAACAAUGUCCUCAAUGAGGUGCAGAACCCCGUACGGACGUUGAAGACCGUCUGCCCGGCGGCACUGUUUACCGCAUGCGGACUGUACUUGGUGGCCAACGUGUCUUACUUUCUGGUCGUGCCGCUGGAGGAGAUUAAGAACAGCGGUGAGCUAGUGGGGGCUCUUCUCUUUGAGCGUCUUUUCGGUGAUCACAUUGGAAGGACGCUGUUUCCGCUGGCAAUCGCUAUAUCUGCCGCGGGCAAUGUGAUGGUGGUGACCUUUGCUUUGGCACGAGUAAACCAGGAGAUUGCUCGACAGGGGUUCCUACCCUGGUCUAAAGUGCUCUCAUCGUCUCGACCAUUCCACACUCCUCUCGGGGGAUUAAUUGUGCACUAUGUGCCCUCACUUCUAGUGAUCUCGCUUCCGCCACAGGGCGAUGUAUACAACUUUAUCCUCGACGUUGAAGGAUAUCCGGGUCAGAUCUUUGCCUUGGCAGUCACAGUCGGCUUAUUGCUCGUUCGCCGACGCGAGCCCUUUCGACUGCGACCGUUCAAGGCUUGGUUACCAGCCGUGUGGCUCCGGAUUGCCGUCUGUCUGGCUUUGCUGGUCGCUCCGUUCAUCCCUCCGCCCGAUCGAAAGGGUGAUGUGCACUUCUUUUACGCGACCUAUGCUAUUGUAGGAGCUUCGGUGGUUCUUUUUGGCAUUCUCUACUGGUACGUAUGGACAAGACUGCUCCCCCGCUGGGGAGGCUACAAGCUAGAAGAAGAGGUCGACGUAUUGGAUGAUGGCACCAGCAUCACCAAGCUGGUACGCUCGUAUGAAUCAUGAAUAAAUCUGUAGUACCCAGAUUACUAGUGGUCAAAUAGAUGAAUUAGCAAUAG